CCAUUUUAAUAUGGAAGUGAUGGCCAUUGUGGAAACUGUCAUCAGCGAGUUGCUUAAUUGCCACUUUAGCCUUGUCAUGCUUAAGUCUUAGAAGACCAAAACUUCUGCCGAGUUUAGUAACAUUUCGCACUCGCUAAGAAAGUGUUUAAUAUUUAUGUUUCUUGCUGGGGCGUCUGCGUCUUGUUUACGAGUGUGGUUUACAAGAGCUUGAAUAAUUUGACAGGUGGAGACAUACAUGAAUAAUGGCGUGUUCAACGGUGCCACAGGACAUCACCGGCGAUCUGAGAGGGCACUGCAAGGAGUGCGAAUGCAGUGGUUUUCAGUGCCUUGUUGAUCUGGCCAUGACAAGGUACCUAUUGGCUGGUGCAUUCUCUGUGGACACUCGCCUGCCUCAUAUGGACCUCUCGUCAGCCUCUAUGAGGGUGCCCAAGACGGAUAUCUGGAGGAAGCUGAAUCUUGCAGUGCACCACAACAGUCUUUGGCUAGGCAAAUAUGUGGCCAGUGGUCAACAGACACCACCACUUACCCAGAAAGAGGGCCUGCGCAAUCUGUCGAAAAUUAUUCUUUGACAGUGCACCAGACAAUGAAGUUCGGCACCCAGGAAGUGCUUCCGCCCCUGUACUGACGCAAGGGGCCGAAGAAAGUUUUCGUUCAAGCACCUCGACCCAGCUACAUCAUAAGUGUGUACACUGCGACUUCUCAUCUUAUUAUUUUAGUCGUUUUCCAUCUCACAUGAAACUUGCUCAUCGUUCUGUUAAAAAGUACACCUGUGCCCUUUGUAAGGUCACUUUUGCAGCUGUUACCCGUUAUAAACAGCAUUUUGAUGAAUUUCACAUCUUGAUCGUGGCCAGUGAAGAGCAGCAUUUGCUGAGUAGCGACAGUGAAAUGGUCCACCAGGACAUGAGCAUUGAAACUGAGGUCUCAUAAUUUGAGCCGUGUGUGCUCAAUGAUGAGGCAAGGCUCUCCGAUCUGUUCAGGCUUUUGGAGGGUGAGCACAUACGUGCAAAAAAGCUAUCAGUGCUGUUGUCAAAAACAUUUCAGAAUUGUUCCGCGCCAAGGGUCUUCAGCUAGACGCAUCAGGUUUGUUAACUGACAAGGCGGGAAAACGUCAGUAUGAACGUAAUAACAUAUAUGUUAGACCUUCCAAAAAAGCACUUCCCAAUGGUUCCCAUGGUUAUUAUGUAUCACUAAAGGCACUCUUAAAAACCUUGUACCAACAUCCAGAAACAAGUAGCCAUCUUCAGGAAAAGUUUGUUAUCUCUGAAGAUGGUUUCC